UACUCGCGCAGAAUUAAUCAAUGCAUCUCAACUAAUAAUAUGGGAUGAACUUCCCAUAGCAAACAAAGCAGUGUUAGAAUACAUUGAUAAUCUCCUUUGUCAAAUUUCUAAAAAUGAUGAUCUAUUUGGAGGAAAACUCUUCAUAGGCAUUGGAGACUUCAGACAAGUUGCUCCAGUUGUCAAAGGAGCUAGAAAAAGCACAACUAUCAAUGCAUCAAUUAAAACUUAA